AUGUUUGAUGUCACCCAUGCUGUUCUCAAGGAAAUAAUUGAAGACACGUCUCAUGCUACUGGUUUUCAAUGUGGAGAUGCUAAUAUAGCUUAUGGUUACUUGCAAUCAUUUGAGUUUGUGCUUGUUCUUCACUUGAUGAAAGAAGUAAUGGGAAGAACUGAUACACUUUGUCAAGCAUUACAAAAGAAAUCCCAAGACAUCCUUAAUGCAAUGGAGUUAGUUUUUACAACAAAGAAAUAUUAUCCUAAAGAUUUUACAGAGCAAGAGAGGAAUCAAUGUAGUGGUCAAUUGGAGAUUUUUAAAGUUGAAAGGAUAAAUAAUGCCAAGCUAAGUGGGGAAAAUAACAUGUACAAAUUGGUUGAAAGAGUGUGUCGGCUAAUCUUGACACUUCCAGUUUCGACUGCAACAACUGAAAGAGGAUUUUCAGCAAUGAAAAUAUUUAAGAAUCGUUUUCGCAAUAAGAUGUUAGAUCAGUAUCUAGUAAACAGUAUUGUGAUUUACAUAGAAAAGGAAAUUGAUGUGAACUUUGAUUCGGAGUCUAUAAUUGAAGAAUUCAAAAAUCUUAAAGGAAGACGGGCAGAACUAUAA